AUGUUGCUUCGGAUCUGUUCAAAAAGAGUGUUAUGUAUCUCGAAACGCACAGCUUUAUCAGUGCUCGAAUACGAUCUAGUCGUCAUUGGAGGUGGAUCCGGUGGUCUGUCGUGUUCGAAAGCUGCCAGCGGGUAUGGUGCACGUGUUGCCUUAGUAGAUGGAGUGAAGCCUAGUCCGCAUGGUUUUUCCUGGGGUAUCGGGGGAACGUGUGCGAACGUUGGAUGUAUCCCAAAGAAACUGAUGCAUCAAGCAGCGAUUGUAGGGAAGGAGAUAUGUCAUGCGACGGACUAUGGAUGGUUGAAUGUUGGAAAAAAAGAGCACUCUUGGGAAACGUUAGUCAAAGUAGUUAUGGAUCGUAUAAAAGCAAACAGCUGGAUUUAUCGGGUACAGUUGAAGGAGAAAGGAGUAAAGCUCUACACAGCGUUUGCAUCUUUUAUUGAUAAUCACACUAUUAAAACAAUUUCCACUGAUAGGAGAAGAAAUGAGAUUGUCUUGAGAGCCCCGAAACUCGUGAUUGCUACAGGACUUCGACCACGUUAUCCUAGUAUACCGGGAGCGGAGCACGGAAUCACUUCUGAUGAUUUGUUUUGGUCACCGAAACCUCCAGGGAAGACUUUGGUGGUUGGUGGCAGUUACGUGGCUCUCGAAAUUGCUGGUCUGUUGGCGGAUCUAGGUCUACCUGUGGAUCUGCUUACCAGGUCACGACCACUGAAGUCAUUCGAUCAGGACUGUGUAAAACUCGUGACGGGGAACCUGAAACGACAUGGCGUCAAUAUUAUCUAUGAGAAAGAAGUGCGAAAGGUCGAGUUGGAUGGUGAAAAAAAGAAGGUAUCGUUCAGAGGGUUGUCUAUCGAUCUUAGCAUUUUUGAAGAGGUCUAUGAGACCGUUAUCUGGGCAGUGGGGCGUAGUCCCCAACAUGGCGACUUGAACUUAGAUGCAGCAGGAGUGCAGACGGACUCUUCUAGCAAUCGGAUUGUCGUUGGAGAAGAUGACAGAACUUCGGCGGGGAAUAUAUACGCGAUCGGCGAUGUAGCAUUAGGACGCCCUGAGCUUACUCCAACGGCGAUUCGCGCUGGUAACUUGUUGGCGAAGCGAUUAUUUGGAGGCGGUAAGGAACUCAUGGAUUACUUCAGAGUUCCUACAACCUUGUUUACUCCACUGGAGUUCGGGACAGUUGGACAUAGUGAAGAACAAGCGUCAGAGCUGUUUGGAGCUGAGAACAUUGAGAUUUACCAUUCCCAUUUCACCCCUUUCGAGUAUGUCAUUCCACAAGAUGAUGACACCGCACAUUGUUAUGCGAAGGUUGUGUGCCUUCGCAAUGAACCAAAAUCAGUGCUCGGGAUGCACAUUGUUGGACCAAAUGCAGCAGAAGUGAUACAAGGAUAUGCAGUCGCUGUUAAAGCCGGGAUCACAUUUGAUCAGCUGACUAGUACGAUUGCAGUACACCCAUGUUCCUCCGAAGAAUUUAUAAAGCUGCAGAUUACUAAGCGAUCUGGGAAGGACCCGAAGGUGCAUGGAUGCUGCGGCUAA